GAUAUCCCUGUUCUAUCAUUUUCAUUUUCUGCUAACCUCGCUCUCCCUCUCCCUCGCUCUCGCUCUCACUGUCACGCACGCACACGUGAUCGCUAGUUUUUCUUCCAGGAUGAGAUCCUGGUUUCCGAUCCUCGUUAGGACUGUUUGUCGCUCCAAUUUCAUGCCUGUCAAUGCGGAAAUCUGUUUCAAAGCAACAUUCGGCAAGCCGAGCUGCCACUUGAGGGCGUGUGACACGCUAGCGGAGGCAGAAGGCAGCAAUGGCUACUGGUUGAGCUGGAGGCUUGCGGUGGAGGCGAACAAUAUGAGCGUAUUUGGCAAGCCGAGCUGCCACUUGAGGGCGUGUGAUGCGCUAGCGGAGGCAGAAGGCAGCAAUGGCUACUGGUUGAGCUGGAGGCUUGCGGUGGAGGCGAACAAUAUGAGCGUAUGGCGCACAGUCCCACCCCAGUUCCAGCGGCACGUCGAGUCCUACAUGACCGGGGGGCAGUAUGAGCGGGACCUCAAACUGAUCAUCGACCAGGUCACAGCUUAUGCCAAUGGGAUUGCUGUGUCCGACGACGGCAUGGACGCUUGGAUCUUGGACAUUGAUGAUACAAUCAUUUCCAAUAUGCUUUACUACAAGGGAAAGAGAUACGGAUGUGACCCGUUUGAUGCGGCGGGGUUUAAGGCGUGGGCGGUGCGAGGAGAGUUCCCGGCGAUACCGGCGGUGCUGGGGCUGUUCAAGAAGCUGGUAGAUGAUGGAUUCAAGGUCAUCUUCCUCACGGCCAGAGACCAAGAGACGCUUAGACCUGCCACUUUUAACAAUUUGCGUAAUCAGGGAUUUGAUGGCUAUGAACGUCUGAUUAUGAAGACGCAGGCUUAUAAAGGGCAAAGUGCGAUAACAUAUAAAUCAGACAUAAGGAGUUAAUUGGUGGAAGAAGGGUACAGAAUCUGGGGGAACGUUGGGGAUCAAUGGAGUGAUCUUCAGGGUCAAUUCAUGGGCAAACGGACUUUUAAGAUUCCUAAUCCCAUGUACUUCGUUCGUUGAGAGCAUUUUUAUUUUUUGGUCGGAACUUGAGAACAUUACAAACCGAUUAUUCCCAUAACUUUCUGUACUUUAAUAAUGAAAAAAAAUAGUAUAUCGACCAAUUGUGUUUUUGAAUGACAAUGAGAAAAAAAUACGGGAGAAAGAUU